AUGUCCUCCUCCUCUUCCUCCGCACAGCCUGAACUGCCCUCCGGUAUCAGCCGCUGCUGCGUCACCGGCUUCGGCUGGUCCGGCACGCCCACAGGUACUGCCCUCUCUGCAGGUUCCAUCCCAGGCACCACCAACGCCGUCUACAAAACGGGCACGAACCCGCGCGUCGCCAUCCUGAUCAUCCACGACAUCUUCGGCUGGACCUUCCCCAACGUCCGCCUGCUGGCCGACCACUACGCCGCCGAAGCGAACGCCACCGUCUUCGUCCCGGACUUCUUUGGCGGUUUCGUCUGUCCGCCCGAGCUAGUGCUGGAAGAGCGCUGGGCGGAGAUCGACAUCGCGCGCUUCAUGAAAGAGAAUGCGCGCGAGGUGCGCGAGCCCGAGAUCUUUGCAUUUGCGAAGGCGUUGAAGAGUGCGGAAGGGGGCGGAUUUGAGAUGGUCGGGGCUGUGGGGUACUGUUAUGGUGGGUGGGCGAUUUUCAGGUUGGCUGCUGCUGAGCAUGAGGAGGGUUCCGGGGAUUCUGAGGGGAACGGCAAGAAGUUGGUGGACGCGGUAACGACUGGUCAUCCUACCUUUGUGACGAAGGAGGACAUUGAGAGGGUUUCAAAGAACGUGCCGGUGCAGGUGUUGGCUCCGGAGUUUGAUCCAAGGUAUACGGAGGAGUUGAAGACGCACACGUUUGUGACGCUGCAGAAGCUGGGAGUGCCGUUUGAGUAUUCGCAUUUUCCGGGGGUACAUCAUGGUUGUUUCAUCAGGGGCGACGAGAGGAAGGAGGGCGAGAAGGAGGCAAUGGUUAGGGGGAAGAAUGCAGCGGUUGCGUGGAUGAAGCAGUGGUUGCAUGGUAACUGA